AUCUUUGUUUGUGUGACCAGACUGCUCGUCGUCUCUAGUUUCGACUCGGAAUCGGUUAACUCUGUCCGGUACAUACGACUGUUUGCGUUCCGCGCGCCGCGCCGGAUGAUUCCGUGAACAACGAGGACGAGAGAGUGUCAAUAAUACAGUGAUGUACCGAUCGCGCGUCACACGAAUCGGUUAUCUGUCGCGUACAUGUUGACAGUUGAACGCCGGUACAACGUGUACAGCUGGUCGCGACGCGUACAUCGUACAUGCUGCCCCAUUAGCGUGUUAUCCGGGAAUUAAGAGAUAACGGAAGAUAACCCUGAUCGUCUGUCACGACACGCGACGACACCACGCUGCGUCCUUAGAAAAAGAGAGGGAAACAAGGGGAGUUCGAGAAAAGAGAGGGAAAUACGAAAGGAGAAAAAGAAGAUGAUGGAGGAGGAUGAGGGGGAGGAUGCGGUGUAUGUUUACGUAUGAUGACGGUAGGGUGGCGGUUCUGUGUCCAGUAGUGGUGGGUAGUGUGGCGACGAUGAUGGCGGUGGUUAGUAGUGUGCACGACGAGGGGUAACUGCUGGGCUGGGCAAAAGGUCGCGGCCCCGUCAUUGAUACGGUGGCAGAGAGAGCGCACUUUGGACCAAUUCUUCGCAACGACUAACUCGAAUAAACUCAGGGGAACGCAGCGUUAUUACUUCAGUGCUACUUCGGCCACGCACCGCGGCACACUCAACACCGACGAAUCAGCUACUCUCUUCUUUUUCUUCCCAUCCGCCAGGGGAACCUCUCUUUUUUCUCUCUUUCUCUUGCUGCUCCCGCCCGUUAAUUUCUUUCCCUUUUACCUUCUGCAAAUUCAUUCGCUCCUUGUCCUUCUCCCUCCAUAUUUUUCUUCUUAUCCACGCUCUGCGUAUUAUUUCCGUUGUCGUAUCCAAAACUGUCCUCCUGGACCAGAUUAGAGGAACGGGUCAAGUUGUAACGUCUCGUAAAACGUUUCACGGGAAAGAACGUUAGCUCGAACGAUUAGCAAAUACUUAACAAAAAAAAAAAGCAAGACAAAAACAAAGUACAGGGAGGCAGUCCGGUGACGAGAACUAACGAGACGAAACGAGACCGGACGAGACAAAACGAGACUGUUGCCUUUUGCUCGCGAGUACGCGGAGACACUCGAGGCUUGCUAAACCCAGCUGUGAAAAGGGAACGUCGAUACACACACACACAUAUAUCUAUAUAUAUAUAUAUAUACAUGCACAGAGAAACGACACGAGGUGUCUUCUCGCGCGGUGCUCAGUAACGAGUAGAGAGGCUACUCUAGUCCUCGAGAGCGAGCGACUAACCGGCGCGGUUCUCCUUCGACUUCGGUUUCGCAUGCACACGUGAUUGCACGUGAUAUAUACACUUGGUAUAGUAGAGCAGCGCGGCGUUGAGAGAAUCGGUGGUCUGCGCGUAUAACGACCAGGAGUCGAAGAGAAAAGAGGAGAGAGAAACGGUCGUGUGUGAAGAGUCGCGCGACGCGCUGUUAUUAUCCGUUUCGUGGUGCUUUUCUAUUUUUCGACGGGACACACAUCUAGACACAGUUGAGUCAGAGAAAACAUGGAAAUGUCUACAGAACCGGGUAGCUUCACCUCCACCGGGAGCAUGAUUGUUGUGAGCAACAGGUUGCCAUUCGUGCUGAAGAGGAACGAGUUGACCGGUCAGCUGGAACGAAAGGCCAGUGCCGGAGGUCUUGUAACUGCUGUAGCGCCUGUGGUAAUAAGUGGAAAUGGAGUCUGGGUCGGAUGGCCGGGAAUGCACAUGGAAAACCCGAACGAACCGAUCCCCGAAUCUGAUCCUAACGAUCGUACACCGACAGCUGGACUUCUAUCCCGAAAGGUUGUGGCAGUGCACGUCGAACCGACCAUCUUCGACUCAUACUACAAUGGAUGUUGCAAUGGAACAUUUUGGCCGUUGUUCCAUUCUAUGCCAGACCGAGCGACCUUCAUUGCGGAACAUUGGCGUGCGUAUUCCGCGGUCAACGAGGAAUUCGCUGCGAAAACGGUCGGUGCUUUGGAACAAAUUCAGAAGGAGCAGGAAAAUCAACCGAACGGCACACCUUUGGUCUGGGUGCACGAUUAUCAUCUGAUGUUGGCAGCGAACUGGAUCAGACAAGCUGCCGACGAGAAGAAUCUCAGGUGUAAAUUGGGAUUCUUCCUACAUAUUCCCUUCCCACCAUGGGACAUUUUCAGGCUCUUCCCGUGGGCUGAUGAAAUUCUUCAGGGAAUGCUAGGUUGCGACAUGGUCGGUUUUCACAUUCAGAACUACUGUCUGAACUUCGUCGACUGCUGCCAAAGGAGCCUCGGCUGCAGAGUUGACCGUAAGAACCUGUUGGUGGAGCACGGUGGAAGAACAGUACGUGUUAGACCACUUCCCAUUGGUAUUCCGUUCGACAGAUUCGUCGCGCUGGCCGAGACUGCCAACAAGGUCAUGUUGACUAAUCAGAAAAUUGUGCUGGGCGUGGAUCGCCUUGAUUAUACUAAGGGUCUGGUUCACAGACUAAAAGCUUUCGAGAUGCUGCUGGAAAAGCAUCCUGAGCAUCGUGAACAGGUUACCAUGCUUCAAAUUGCCGUACCAUCGAGGACUGACGUGCGUGAAUAUCAGGAUUUGAAGUUGGAAAUGGAUCAACUGAUCGGUUGCAUAAACGGUCGUUUCACGACUCCAAAUUGGUCCCCUAUUCGUUACAUUUAUGGUUGCGUGAGUCAGGACGAGCUUGCAGCCUUCUACAGGGAUGCUGCUGUUGCUCUUGUUACACCACUUAGGGAUGGAAUGAACUUAGUCGCGAAAGAGUUCGUCGCUUGUCAGAUUAACACGCCUCCAGGUGUAUUGAUUGUUUCUCCGUUCGCUGGAGCGGGAGAGAUGAUGCACGAAGCUUUGAUCUGCAAUCCUUACGAGAUAGACGAAGCUGCGGAGGUUAUUCAUAGAGCGCUUACCAUGCCAGAAGAUGAACGUACGUUGAGAAUGAAUCAUUUGAGACGUCGCGAAAGGAUCUACGACGUGAAUUACUGGAUGAAAUUAUUCCUGCAAGUAAUGGGAUCACUGGAAGAACACGACUCCGUAGGUGCUACCACUAUGCAACCGGUUACCAUGGAUGAUUUCGACGACUAUUUGAGCAAGUAUAUCGGCGAGAACCAUAAGUUGGCCCUCCUCCUGGACUACGAUGGUACAUUGGCCCCUAUCGCAACGCACCCAGACCUGGCCAUUUUGCCCGUGGAAACAAAGAAUGUUCUCCAAAGGUUGUCAAAUAUGUCUGACGUGUACAUAGCAAUCAUAUCAGGUAGAAACGUGGACAACGUGAAGUCGAUGGUUGGCAUAGAAGGCAUCACUUACGCUGGAAACCACGGAUUGGAGAUUCUGCAUCCAGAUGGCAGCAAGUUCGUUCAUCCGAUGCCGGCUGAAUUCGAGGGCAAAGUGGCAAACUUGAUGCAAACGUUGCAAGAUCAACUUUGCAGGGAUGGAGCCUGGGUAGAAAACAAAGGAGCGUUGUUAACGUUUCAUUAUCGUGAAACUCCUAUGGAGGGUCGCCAAGAGAUGGUCGAUCAGGCGAAGAAGAUUAUCGAGAGUUCAGGUUUCAAAGCAUGUUCCGCGCACUGUGCCAUAGAGGCUAAACCACCGGUGGAAUGGAACAAGGGUCGCGCUUCCAUUUACAUUCUGCGCACAGCAUUCGGUUUGGACUGGAGCGAACGUAUCAGGAUUAUUUAUGCUGGUGAUGAUGUGACGGAUGAAGAUGCGAUGCAGGCGCUGAAAGGUAUGGCAGCUACCUUCCGCGUAACGUCGUCGCAUAUAAUCCGUACGUCGGCCGAAAGACGUUUACCAAGCACCGAUUCAGUGUUGACGAUGUUGAAGUGGGUAGAGAGACACCUGAGCAGACGUAAACCCCGCAACAGCACCGAGAUCCCAUCCAGAUUCCGUCGCAGUAGUGCUGGUAUCACCAUGGAGAUGUCAUUCACGCCGACGAACACGCCAUUAGAAUCCUAGAUGGCGCCGUGACAUUCUUUGUUAGCAUAUUGACUGUGUCCUUGACAGGAAAUAUUGUUAGUCACAAGCUCAUGAUGUACUCGUAGAGUAAGAUCAAGUAAGCGCAAAAGAGGGAAGAAUUUAGGAAUGGAAAAGAAAAAAAAUGUCAAGUAAAUCAAAACUAAAAAGAUAAAAAAAGGAAAAAAAAAUACAAAUCAUCGUGAAAAUUGUAUGUUCAACCACGAAUAUAUGUAUGUAUAUGGUGGAAAGCACCGGCGUUAUUGUAUCGAGCAAUUCGAGCGUCACGCAAAUAGUUCUUCCUAUCGACGAACCUUAUCCGAGAGCUCUAUUUAUAUUCGACUGUACAAUUUCGGUCACCGUGUAUAUGUUUAACGACCAAAUGGAAUUAUUAUGAAGAAUAUAGAAAACCGUAUGUAACUACAUACAUAACAGCUAAAUGGAAGAACUGAUCUUUUUGAUGUGGAACCAAACAAAUCACUCUUCGUCGACUGUUUUUUCAACGUUUAAAUGUAUAUCUCUCCGGUAACCAAAAUGUUGGAUUGCUUUAGCCCGGAAAGUAUAUAAACGAAUUGCGAGAAAAUCAUGCAAAAAAAUCAAUAAAACAGAAAAAAAAGAUGAAUGUUACGUGUGCGAUCGCUAAAUCUCCGUUUCGAGUAUGAAGUGUGAAUAUUAUGCAUGUUCUUUCUUUUUUCUCUAUUUUCUUUUUUUCUAUUUAGCGUUCAUCACAUAAUUGUUACAUUGUACGUUAUAAUCAGGCCGAACGAUGAUUUCCGAUAAAGCGCGUUUUUAUUGGAGGCCGUGUAGCUAUGUAUAGUUUCUAGGUUCGCGUCGCUCAGAAAAGAAACAAAGUACCACAAGAAAUAUUCGAUAUAUAUUAUAUAUUGUCGCAGUAACUUAUCAUGAAAAACUGUUUAUAUUAAACUAAUGUAUUGUAUACUUGUUAUCAAUUUUCGAGACACGAAACAGAUGAUUGUAUUCAGAAUUAUAUUUAUACAGUAUAUUCUUAUACAGAAAACAAAUUGUAUUCGAGUUUGUAGCUCAAAAAGGAAAAAAAGUAAUCGUAAUCGACUAGUGUAACAGGUUUAAGUUUUGCAUCCGUUAG